UGGUCCGGCCGGCUAGCGGCUCCGUGCAAUGUGUUCCGUCCUACCAUUGGUGGGGAUGCGGCAGGAGGGUCGCAGCACUGGUUAAUGGGAGGGAGGAAACAUGGCGGCCGAGCCGACUAAGGCGGAGAUCCAAGCCGUGUUCAGGCGGUUGCGGGCCGCUGCCACCAACAAGUCCUGCUUUGACUGUGGUGCUAAGAAUCCUAGCUGGGCCACUAUCACCUAUGGAGUGUUUCUAUGCAUUGACUGCUCGGGUAUACACAGGUCUCUGGGUGUUCACCUCAGCUUCAUCAGGUCGACUGAGCUGGAUUCCAACUGGAGCUGGUUUCAGCUGAGAUGUAUGCAAGUUGGUGGCAAUGCCAAUGCGAAUGCUUUUUUCCACCAGCAUGUCUGCACCACCAACGACACUAAUGCCAAGUACAGCAGUCGUAGCGCCCAGAUGUACCGGGAGAAGAUCCGGCAGCUGGCCACCACCGCCAUGUCUAAACAUGACACUGAGCUUUGGAUUGACGGCAUGAAUUGUUCCCUUGCAAACUCACCAGAGAAGAAGGAAUCCGACUUCUUCGCUGAGCUAUCCCAGUCUUCCAGCUCCUGGGAGGCAGCUCCAGCAGUAGACCAGAUAGUGGAGACAAGCCCACCAGCUGCAAAACUACCCAGCAGUGCCCCUGCAAGCAGCGAGACACCUUGUGGCGCUGAGUCGGGUCCCUGUGUCGAUAACCUCAGCACAUCACCCAAAGCUACACUGGACCUGGCCAUGUGCCUAUCUGACCAGAAGCUGACCCCCAGCACAGAAGUGAAACCAUCUCUCAUUGGGAAGAAGAAACCCACAGCUACUAAGAAAGGACUGGGUGCUAAGAAAGGUCUUGGUGCCCAGAAAGUGAGCAGCCAGAGUUUCAGUGAGAUUGAGCGACGGGCACAGGUGACGGAGAAGCUAAGGGAGCAGCAGGCCACGGAGCUACGGAAAGAAGCAGAGGAGUCUCUCGUCUCCUCCAUGAGGCUGGCCUACCAUGAGCUACAGAUAGACCGGAAGAAGGAAGAGAAGAAGCUGCAGAACCUGGAAGGGAAGAAGAGAGAGCAGGCUGAGCGGCUGGGUAUGGGCCUGGCGCCCCGCAGUUCAAUCUCUCACUCUGUUCUGACGGAAAUGCACAUGAUCGAGCAGGAGACGCCUGUCGCUACGAAAUCCUCCCGCUCCCAGCUCGACCUCCUGGAAGAUGCCAGCUUUACCGCUGGUCCUCCUAAGUAUAAGGACAACCCAUUCUCAAUAGGAGAAGGCUUUAGCUCACAGUGGGAAACGGAGACCUCAACUUGGGGGUCUGUGGAUAAAGGCGAGGAUGAGCGUGAGGUGACCAUCUCCAGUAUUCAGCCAGCACGAGACCGACCCGCAAACAGGAGAAAACCAGAGAGCACUCCAUCCCCAGAGUCCAAUGAAGCACGCACAAAAUUUGCCAGUGCCAAAGCCAUUUCCUCAGACAUGUUCUUUGGGAGAGAGCAGGAUGCUGAGUAUGAAGCGAGAUCCCGUCUGCAGCAGCUGUCUUCUAGCACCUCUAUAAGCUCAGCCGACCUCUUUGGAGAUGCAGACUCUGUAAACGCAGCAGGUAACGUGCUGCCGUCUGCUGACAUCACCAACUUUAAGCAAGGCGUGAAAUCUGUGGCAGGGAAGAUGGCGGUCCUGGCAAAUGGCGUGAUGAAUUCCCUACAGGACCGAUACAGCUCCUAUUAACUCCUUGCAGAAGAGGAACUACUUCUAUAGCAUUUUCCCCAUGUAGCCAACAGAUACAGGUUGGGGAGAUGGAGGGGCCAGAACAGGAGCGCGUAACUUGAGUCUAUCAAGUCGGUGGCAAAUGCUUUUUUUUUUUUUUUUUUUUUUUAAUGUAGAAAAUGGCCGCUUCACCUCAGACUUCCUCUAUCUCUAACACAGUGUCUGCUACAGGAGCACUUCUCUCCUCACAUCCAGUGUCUGUCUGUGCCCAUUGGCUGCUCCUGGUCGCCAUGGCAGCUCCUGCUGCUCUUCCUCACCGCUAGGGACAACUGCAGACACUGCUUAUAACUUGUGUGUUAGUGCGAGUUGACUAUAUGGGGUCUGUAUUGCAGAACCUGGAACUUACAUGAAGGCAGAGUGUAUGCAUAGCAUGUCCUGAGUGCUGGAUGUGGAAUUGAUGAGAAUGAAUGUGAGAGAGAAGACGUUGGGCUCCUCACUCUAAAGACUUAAUGACUGUUACUGUCAGGAUGAGGCUGCGCUUAUGACUGAGAUAUCUUAUCUGCUUUAUUAACUUCUCUGUAUGAGUUCUGUGACUUGAAUUAUUUGCGUCUGGACAUGAGUGGACCUGGCUGGGAAUUUUAGUAGUUGUGCCCUGGAAUGGCGGGAGAGAAUCCGUAGAGACUGGUUGCAUGAGUAUUUAUUUUGUUGUCUCUUGCUGCACUGGCGACUGCCUUCCAGAGGUGUGACGUUGGCUAUGGAAAUUACUCUGAACAGUCGUGCCCCUUGGACAUCACAUACAGUGUUUACCAGAUAAAAAUGAAUAAAGAUACUGAGGCACAAAG